AUGGCGGACCUGAGCGCCCAAGUACAAGAACCGUUCGACCUCGUCCGUCUCUCACUCAGCGAACGCGUAUUCGUAAAGCUCAAAGGAGAGCGGUCCUUAACCGGUGUGCUACACGCGUAUGACGGGCAUAUGAAUAUGAUCAUGAGCGAUGUGGAGGAGACGAUUCUCAUGGUCGAACCUGAGGAGAGCGGGAGUACAGUCCAGACGAUGAAACGCGCUAUGGAGAUGCUUUUCGUAAGAGGGGAUAGUGUUAUCCUUGUAUCACCGGGGGCACGAUGA